UAGACUUGUUGUCACACUGAUUCGGUGUUGGGGUUGAAAAAAAAAUCUCUACCUGGGACAUAAUAUUUCCAGCUAGCUCUCUACUGGUUGUCACUCGAAUUAGAAGUGUGCAAUUCUAUAUAACGGUGCAGUUAUGGCAGAAGACAAUGAGAUCGAAGACGACAGAGUUUUAUUCAUUGCUACGUAUGUGAUCAAAACUUUUAAAUUUAGAUCGGACCGAUUUGAAAAGUUUUAUGCAUUGGAAGAAAAUAAGAGAAUCAUCAAUGAUUUUUUUGACAAGCCAACUGCAAAAUCACUCAUCUUUACAUUACCUGGUUCAUCACUUGUUGUUCAGUUAGAAUUUCCAGCAAAUCCAAAAGCAAAGUCUUGUUACUUUAUAAGGAGAUAUCAAGAACAAAUAACCAAGGAAACAGACUUGAACAAAGCUUUGAUUUAUGGGGAUUUAUCAUACUCCCCCCUUGAACAGCUUUCAGGACUAGUAAAUGAGGUACUGGUUCCUGUAUUGGGUAAUGAGAAGAAUCAUGGAUCCUGGCCACAUGUAGUUUCAACUGAUAUCAGUCAACAUGUGAAGAACACUAAGAGUGCUGUAUUUGUGGUUACUGGACAAGCCAAGGGGAAAACACUUCUUCCACUUCCUGUUGGAACUGAGCAGGUGGAAGAUGAACCCGCUGAAAGUAAUGAGAAGUUUGACAGAAACAUAGUCCAUGCCAUUGAGACUGUAGUUAUUGACUGGACCCAUCAGAUCAGGGAAGUCCUGAAGAAGGAUUCAGCCCAGCCUUUGCUAGAAGGUCUAAAUCCUACACCAUUUGUGGAGAUAGAAUUCUGGAAAAACAAGGCCACUAACUUGGAAUGCAUAUAUGAACAGCUGAGAGAUCCAAAAGUCAGGAAGAUGGCAGAACUAUUAGAAGUAGCACAGAGUAGUUACUUCCCUAUAUUUAAGGAGAUUUUCAGAGAUGUUGUUGCAGCUCUUGAAGAAACCCACGAUAUAAAUUUGUUUUUGAGACCCUUGAGACAUCACUUUGAGGACUAUGAACAGAAGGACUUUGAUGAGAGUGGACCAUUACUACCUCCAAUGAUGCACACUGUUUGUCUGACAUGGGUACAUUCUACCUACUACAGGUCGCCAGGCAGAAUUAUUGUUCUCCUACAGGAAAUCUCUAAUAUGCUUAUAAAUCAGGCAAGAACUUUCCUGGAUCCAUCUGACAUAUUCAAUGGUGAUAGUGAACCAGAAGACACCAAAGAUAAAGUACAGAAGGCUGUAAAUGUACUUAAAAUCUUCAAAGAAACCUAUGAAGACCACAAAGCCAAGCUACAUUCCUAUUUCUCAGGAGACCAGGAACCAGUUGAGUGGGAGUUUACUCCAAAACUAGUGUUUCCACGGUUUGACAAAUUUACUGCAAGAUUGGAAAUGAUAAUUGAAAUGUUUGGAACAAUUAGUGAAUUCAUGAAAUUAGAGAGAAUUGAAAGAGGUGGCAUAAAAGGUAAAGUGCUGAGUCAGCAGGUUCUUCAGCUGUUUGAAGAAUUCCAGACAGUAUUUCGUGAAUUCACCAGAAACACCUAUGACUGCUUAGAUCCAAUGAAUAUGGAGUUUGUUAGAGACUACAAGGCAUUUAAAGAGAAAGUGAAGGAUUUUGAUAGAAGAUUAGCAACCAUUAGUUGUCAUGCAUUUGAUGAUUGUGGCACCAUAGAAUCUGUCUUUAAGUUUCUUGCCAUUAUGGGUUCUCUUCUGGAUAGAGACCUUGUCAAGCUUGACAUCGACAACAGGUAUCCUCUAGUUGUUGAGAUGAUGCAUGAUGAACUUGAUACGGCCAAGAAAAUGUAUGACCAGCAGAUGGCUUUAAAACAAGAGGGCAAAUUAUUGCUGCACAAGAACAUGCCUAUGAUGUCUGGAAUGUUGCGUUGGUCUGCUGAAAUGUCUGCAAGAAUAUCUGGCCCAAUGACCGAUUUCAAACAAUUUGAGCACCCAUGCAUGUCAAGUAACAGAGCCAAGCUAGUGUUUACCAAAUAUGAAGAAAUGUGUGGACUUCUUAAGCAGUUGAACAAUGAAACAUACAAUGAAUGGAUUGGUGGAGUAGAUGAGAUCUGUGCCUUCAACCUAAAACAACCAUUGAUCACGAGAGACAGUGAGACAAACCUUGUCAAGGUGAACUUUGAUCCCAAGCUUACUGCAGUUCUCAGAGAGGUCAAAUAUCUAGAAGAUGAUGAAUCCAAGGAGAUUCCAAAAGCAGCCAAAAAUGUGUACCAACAUAACGACACCUUGUGGAAGUUCUCCACAAAUCUGGAUCUGACAGUGAGGCUCUACAAUAAAGUACGGACAAGUGUAUUGGAAGUAGAGUACCCACUCAUAGCUAAACAGUUAGAGGAUAUUGAUCAACAACUGCAGGAAGCUGAGAAAACUCUUAACUGGGAAAAUGAAGGAGUCUGGGAAUAUAUUCAGAAGACCAGGGACCAGGUAAUCGACUUAGAAUCCAGAGUUCAGAAGUCUAAAGACAACGUAGAAGAGAUAGAGAAGAUAAUGUCAACUUGGAGUAAACUUCCAUUAUUUGAGAGAAGUCCAGAGAAGAAUGAAACCCUUCUUUAUUUAGAAGACAGGAAAGAAAGAUUGGAGAAAAGAUACAAACAGAUUAAAGAUGUUGGGGCUAAACUUCAUGCUUUGUUGAAGGAAAAUCUAGACCAUUUUAAAGCUGACCCUAACUCAGAUAUGUGGAAGGCCUAUGUUGACUACCUGGAUGAAAUGGUUGUAGAUGGACUAUUCAACACAAUUCACUGCAGUGUCAAAUUUCUCCUAGACAAUACUGAUCCUAAAAAUGACAUUGGGCCAUUGUUUGAGUCACAGUUAGAACUUCUACAACCAGAAAUAAUCUACGUUCCGUCCCUUGACUUUGGAACUACAGAUGGCUAUUAUGAUUUGGUGGAUAGUAUCCUUGGGGAUAUUUUUAAGCAGUCUGCCUUGAUCCCUCGUCUAGCCACCCACUCUGGACAGGAACAUUACCAACAGGAUAUGGAAGAAAUGGAAGAACUAGCAGACAUGAAAAGUGAAAUGAUGGAUCGGGUCAACAUCAUUAUGAACAAGGGCAUGGAAUAUAGGAACUCAUUUGAUAAUUAUGCCUAUCUUUGGGUAGAUGACAGGAACGAGUUCAUGAGACAGUUCUUGCUCUAUGGCCAUGUUCUUACACCAGAGGAGAUUGAAUCAGGUGAUGAUGUGCCACAAAAACCACCAAAAUUGAUGCAAUUCAAAGAGCAGAUCGAUGCAUACGAAAAGAUAUAUGAUGCAGCUGAACAGAUACAUCAUACACAGAUCUUUGAGAAAUGGUUCAGGGUAAAUUCUAAGCCAUUUAAGCAGGCAUUACUGAACACCAUCAAGAGAUGGAGCUACAUGUUCAAACAACAUCUCAUUGAUCAUGUCAAUAACAGUUUGAAGGAGUUAUCAGACUUCAUUAUCAAAACUGAUGCAGGGUUAUUGAAGCCAGUGAAGAAUUACGAUGGGCUAGUAGAUUGUAUGGGAUACUUGUUGGCUGUGAAGGAAAGACAGUCAAGCACAGAUGAAAUGUUUGAACCUCUAAAACAAACCAUAGAACUGCUUAAAACUUACAAUCAGGAAAUGCCCGAGGAAGUCCAUUUACAGCUACAGGAACUGCCAGAGAAAUGGAACAACACAAAGAAGAUCUCCAUAACAGUGAAACAGGAAGUGGCACCAUUGCAGACGACAGAAGUAACCAACAUCAGACAGAAAUCAGCUACAUUUGAUGUAAAACAACAUAAAUUCAGGGAACAAUUUCGUACCAUUAAACCAUUUAGAUAUGACUGUGCUACACCCUAUGAGAUGAUUGCUAGGUACCAUGAAGAUAUUUCUGUAAUGGAGACUGAGAUGAGGGCCUUGUUAGAAGCGUCUAGCUUGUUUGAAGUGAAUGCACCAGAUUUCAAACAGUUGAAACAGUGUAGGAAGGAAAUAAAACUGCUUAAACAACUCUGGGAUUAUAUUGUCAUUGUACGCUGCAGCUUUGAUGAUUGGAAAACAACUCCUUGGAAAGAAAUCAAUGUAGAGCAAAUGGAAAUUGAUACUAAGAAACUUGCAAAGGAUAUCCGAGCUUUGGAUAAGGAGAUGAGAGCUUGGAAUGCUUAUGUUGGACUGGAGGAUAGUCUUAAAAAUAUGUUAACGUCACUCAAGGCUGUGAGUGAAUUGCAGAACCCAUCUAUCAGGGAACGUCACUGGAUGGAAUUGAUGAAUGAAACAAAGGUGAGAUUUGUUAUGGAUGAGAACACAACUCUCGCAGAUCUUCUCUCUCUCAACCUUCACAAGUAUGAAGAAGCUGUUCACGGUAUUGUAGAUAAGGCUUCCAAAGAAAUGAGCAUGGAGAAAGUUCUGAAUGAACUAGAUGUCACAUGGGCUGCAAUGGAGUUUCAGCAUGAACCACAUCCAAGAACAAAGAUCACUACUCUGAAGACAAGUGAAGAAUUGAUAGAGACUUUGGAAGAUAAUCAGGUGCAACUGCAAAAUAUGCUGUCAUCUAAGUACAUAGCACAUUUCUUGCACGAGGUGUCAACCUGGCAGAGGAAACUAUCAACAGCAGACCAGGUUAUAACUAUCUGGAUGGAGGUUCAAAGAACCUGGUCACAUUUAGAGAGUAUUUUCAUUGGUUCAGAGGAUAUUAGAAACCAGCUUCCUGAAGACAGCAAAAGAUUUGAUGGAAUUGAUAAUGAUUUCAAGGAACUUGUAUCAGAAAUUGAGAAAACAAAGAAUGUGGUUGCUGCUACUAAUCAGCAGAAUUUAUAUGAAAGAUUGGAAGCUAUCCAAGGGCAGUUAACUCUGUGUGAGAAGGCUUUGGCAGAGUAUUUAGAGACCAAGAGAUUAGCAUUCCCUCGCUUUUAUUUUGUAUCAUCUGCCGAUUUGUUGGAUAUUUUAUCCAAUGGAAAUAAUCCUCCCCUGGUGUGUCGACAUUUAACUAAGUUUUUUGACAGUAUGGCUAAGCUCAAGUUUGCUACAGACUCCAAAGACAAUCCACUUAAAUCUGGGUUGGCCAUGUGGAGCAAAGAUGGAGAAUAUGUAGACUUAAAAGAACCAUGUGAUCUGAAUGGACAGGUUGAAAUUUGGUUAAAUAGGCUACUAAUAGCUAUGCAAAACACCAUAAGACAUCAGUUAAUUGAAGCUGUCACUACGUAUGAAGAAAAGCCAAGAGAUGUUUGGCUGUUUGACUUCCCUGCACAGAUGGCAUUAUGUGGCACACAGAUUUGGUGGACUACAGAGGUUAAUAUUGCCUUUGGCAGACUAGAGGAAGGCUAUGAAAAUGGACUAAAAGAUUACAAUAAAAAACAGAUUACACAGCUGAAUAGUCUGAUCAACAUGUUAAUUGGUCAGCUGAGUAAAGGAGACAGACAAAAGAUCAUGACAAUUUGUACCAUCGAUGUCCAUGCUCGUGAUGUAGUGUAUAAACUCAUCCACAACAGGGUAUACAGCUCCCUAGCUUUUGCCUGGCUGUGUCAGCUCCGUCACAGAUGGGAUGAUAAUGAAAGAGACUGCUUUGCCAAUAUUUGUGAUGCACAAUUUAGAUAUUCUCAUGAAUAUCUAGGCAACACAAGUCGCCUUGUCAUUACACCUCUCACUGACAGAUGUUAUAUCACUUUGACACAGUCCCUACAUUUGAUUAUGAGUGGUGCCCCAGCUGGUCCUGCAGGAACUGGGAAAACAGAGACCACAAAGGACCUUGGCAGAGCUCUUGGUAUUAUGGUAUAUGUCUUUAACUGUUCAGAGCAGAUGGACUACAAGUCUAUUGGAAACAUCUAUAAAGGAUUAGCCCAGUCUGGUGCAUGGGGAUGUUUUGAUGAGUUUAACCGCAUUGCUGUGGAAGUUUUGUCAGUAGUAGCAGUUCAAGUCAAAUGUAUACAGGAUGCCAUAAGAGAGAAGAAAAAAGUCUUUAGCUUCCAGGGUGAAGAAAUCCGUCUGAAUUGGAAUGUUGGCCUAUUUAUUACAAUGAAUCCAGGAUACGCUGGAAGAACAGAAUUGCCUGAAAAUCUCAAGGCACUGUUUCGGCCAUGUGCCAUGGUGGUACCUGAUAUUGAACAGAUUUGUGAAAUUAUGUUGGUAGCGGAAGGAUUUCUUGAAGCAAAAUUACUGGCAAGGAAAUUUAUAACAUUGUACAACCUAUGUGCAGAGCUUUUGUCCAAACAGGACCAUUAUGACUGGGGUCUUAGGGCUGUGAAAUCUGUUUUGGUAGUGGCUGGGUCCCUAAAAAGGAGUGAUCCUGACAGGCCAGAGGAACAGGUGUUAAUGAGAGCACUGAGAGACUUUAACAUUACCAAGAUAGUAACUGAUGAUAUACCUGUCUUUAUGGGUUUGAUUGGAGAUUUGUUUCCAGCACUGAAUGUUCCCAGAAAGAGAAAUAUGGACUUUGAAAAAGACAUUAGACAAGCAGUCCUUGAUCUAAAAUUACAACCAGAGGAAAAUUUUAUUUUGAAGAUUGUGCAGCUACAAGAACUGAUAGAUGUACGCCAUUCAGUUUUCAUCCUUGGACAAGCUGGUGUUGGUAAAAGUAUGGUAUGGCAAUCCCUCAACAAGACCUAUAAGAAUAGGGGACAGAAACCAGUGUCUAUAGACCUUGAUCCUAAGGCUGUCACUAAUGAUGAAUUGUUUGGUGUUAUCAACUCGGCAACCAGAGAAUGGAAAGAUGGUUUGUUUUCUGUCAUAAUGAGGGAUCAGGCUGAAAUGACAACGGAUAAUCCUAAGUGGAUAGUUCUGGAUGGAGAUGUGGAUCCUAUGUGGAUUGAAUCCUUGAAUACUGUGAUGGAUGAUAACAAAGUGUUGACACUAGCCAGUAAUGAGAGAAUUCCAUUAACAGAUAGCAUGAGAUUGUUGUUUGAAGUCAGUCAUUUGAAAACUGCUAAUCCAUCAACUGUAUCCAGAGCUGGUGUCCUAUUUAUUAACUUCGCAGACGUUGGAUGGAAUCCAUAUGUUCAAAGUUGGAUAGACACCAGAAAGAUACAGUCUGAGAAAGCCAACCUAAGCAUUCUGUUUGACAAAUAUGUCCCUACCUGUCUGGAAACACUCCGUCAUCGCUUCAGGAAGAUCACACCUGUAGCUGAUAUCAGCCAUGUCCAGAUGUUGUGCUACUUAUUGGAGUGUCUUCUCACUGAGGAAAACAUUCCACAAGAUAGUCCUAAGGAACUGUAUGAGCUGUAUUUUGCAUUUGCAUGUAUUUGGGCUUUUGGAGGAGUUAUGUUUCAAGAUCAGUUGGUAGAUUACAGAGUAGAAUUUUCUAAAUGGUGGAUAACAGAGUUUAAGACUGUCAAGUUCCCAGCAGGAGGAACAGUGUUUGACUAUUACAUAGAGACUGAAACUAAGAAGUGUGAACCAUGGACUAAACGAGUUACCAAAUUUGAACUGGAUCCAGAUAUUCCUCUCCAGGCUGCUCUUGUCCACACAGCAGAAACUACACGAAUCAAGUAUUUCUUGGACAUGCUGAUAGAGAAGAAACAUCCAGUGAUGUUAGUGGGAAAUGCUGGUACAGGGAAGACAGUUCUGAUGCAGGAGAAACUUCUUAGUCUGUCUGAUGAUUACAUGAUUGCUAAUGUACCAUUCAACUUUUAUACCACAUCUGCCAUGUUACAGAGAGUUUUGGAGAAACCCCUGGAGAAGAAGGCUGGAAGGAAUUUUGGUCCGCCUGGAACUAGACGGUUGAUCUACUUUGUAGAUGAUAUGAAUAUGCCUGAGGUUGACAAAUAUUACACAGUACAGCCUCAUACACUGAUCAGACAACACAUAGAUCAUGGUCAUUGGUAUGAUAGAGCUAAGCUAACUAUCAAGGAGAUUCACAACACACAGUAUGUGGCAUGUAUGAACCCUACAGCUGGAAGUUUCACCAUUGAUUCCAGGUUACAGCGACAUUUCUGUGUGUUUACGAUGAACUUCCCCAAUACUGAAGCUCUAACAACAAUCUAUACCAGUAUACUGUCACAACAUCUUCAGCAAAAUCACUUCACAAGUAAUGUGCAGAGAUUUGUCUCUCCCUUGAUAACAGCAGCUCUAGCUCUACAUGGCAGGGUUACCAGUACAUUCCUUCCAACUGCCAUCAAGUUCCAUUAUAUCUUCAACCUCAGAGACCUGUCCAAUAUCUUCCAGGGAGUGCUAUUUGCCCAGUCAGAAUGUGCAAAGACCCAAACAGAACUUAUCAGGCUUUGGUUACAUGAGGCAGAACGUGUUUACAGAGACAAGUUAGUAGAUACUAAAGAUAUGGAAGCUUAUGACAAACUGCUGUCUGACCUACUGAAAAGACAGUUUGAGGACAUAGAAGAAAAAGAAUUAGUGGUCAAACCACUCAUUUACUGUCAUUUUGCUCAUCAGAUUGGUGAUACAAAAUAUAAUGCCGUAGAUAGUUGGCAGGGCCUGAAUAAAAUUCUCAAAGAAGCUUUAGACAGUUAUAAUGACUUUAAUGCUGUUAUGAACCUGGUUUUAUUUGAAGAUGCAAUGGCGCAUGUGGCUAGGAUAAACAGAAUCCUUGAAGCUCCACGUGGAAAUGCAUUGUUGAUAGGAGUCGGAGGAAGUGGAAAGCAAAGCUUGUCACGAUUGGCUGCUUCCAUAAGUGGUUUGGAUGUGUUUCAAAUUCAGCUGAAAAAGGGCUAUGGAAUAACUGAUUUGAAAACAGACCUUGGACAGUUAUAUAUCAAAACAGGACUAAAGAAUGCCAAUAUGAUGUUUUUAAUGACUGAUGCUCAAGUGGCAGAUGAGAAGUUCCUUGUUCUUAUCAACGAUCUUUUAGCCUCCGGAGAAAUUCCAGACUUGUUUCAAGAUGAUGAAUUUGAUAAUGUAAUAGCAAGCAUACGUAAUGAAGUGAGAGCUACUGGGUUGGAAGAUUCAAGAGACAACUGUUGGAAAUAUUUUAUUGAUAAAGUCAGAAGAACACUCAAGGUGGUUUUAUGUUUCUCACCUGUUGGUUCCACAUUACGUGUCAGAAGUCGUAAAUUCCCAGCCAUUACUAACUGUACUAGUAUAGAUGUUUUCCAUGAAUGGCCACUAGAGGCACUGAAUUCUGUAUCAGCUAGAUUCUUGGAAGAUAUGGAAUUACUUUCUGAUGACAUGAGAGAAUCAGUGUCAAAGUUCAUGGGAUUUGUGCACCAGUCUGUGAAUGAGACUAGUCAGCAGUAUCUUCAAAACGAAAGACGUUACAAUUACACCACUCCCAAAAGUUUCCUGGAACAGAUCAAACUGUAUCAGAAUUUACUGACAAAGAAGAAUGAUGAGCUGCAGAAGAAAAUUAUUCGUCUUGAAAAUGGUAUUGAGAAGUUAAGAAGUACUGCUACACAGGUUGAUGAUCUUAAGGCCAAACUAGCUGCUCAGGAGGUUGAACUUGGACAGAAAACUGAUGAAACCAACAAAUUGUUAGCAGUAGUAGGCUCGGAUACAGAAAGGGUGUCAACAGAGAAAGCUAUAGCUGAUGAAGAGGAGAGGAAAGUUCAGAAAAUCAACGAAGAUGUCACAAAGAAACAACAGGAUUGUCAAAGAGAUCUGUCUAAAGCAGAACCUGCUUUGACUGCUGCUGAGAAUGCUUUGAAUACUCUUAAUAAGAACAAUUUAACAGAGCUGAAAUCCUUUUCUUCUCCUCCUCCUGCUGUUGUGAAUGUAGUAGCAGCUGUUAUGUGUCUGCUGGCUCCUGGUGGUAGAGUACCAAAAGACAAAAGCUGGAAAAUGGCAAAGGCAACCAUGAUGAAUAAAAUUGAUCUCUUCUUGGAAAAUUUGAUCAAUUAUGACAAAGACCAUGUCCAUGAGAACUGCCAAAGGGCAGUAGAGCCGUACUUGGUUGACCCUGAGUUUGACCCUGACUUAGUUAAAGGGAAAUCAUUUGCUGCAUCAGGACUAUGUUCAUGGGUUAUAAAUAUUAUGAGGUACUAUAAAGUAUACUGUGCUGUUGAACCAAAACGUAUGGCCCUAGAGGGUGCCAAUGCAGAGUUGUCUGCCGCAAAACACAAACUGAAGGCAAUCACAUCAAAAAUUAAUGACCUUGAAAGUGAACUAGGAACCCUGAUGGGAGAAUUCGAAGAGGCAACAGCCGAGAAGCUACGAUGUCAACAAGAAGCUGAUAAUACAACCAAAACAAUCGAACUAGCCAAUCGUUUGGUUAGUGGUUUGUCAUCGGAAAAUGUCAGAUGGGCGGAGUCUAUUGAAAACUUUAAACAGCAAGAGAAAACACUGGUCGGUGAUGUGUUGAUGACUUCUGCAUUCGUAUCUUACUUGGGAGCUUUCACCAAACAAUACCGGCAGGAUCUGAUAGAGAAAUACUGGACCCCAUUCUUGAAAGGACUGGCCCAUCCUAUUCCCGUUUUGGAAGGACUAGAUCCAUUAAGUUUGUUGACUGAUGAUGCCCAGAUUGCUUCAUGGAAUAAUGAAGGUCUGCCCAGUGACAGGAUGUCCACAGAAAAUGCCACGAUUUUGACCAACUGUGAAAGAUGGCCGCUAAUGAUUGAUCCUCAGCUGCAAGGUGUAAAGUGGAUUAAAACUAAAUAUGGAUCAGAUUUGAAGGUCAUACAUCUGGGACAGAAAGGGUAUUUAGAUGCAUUAGAAAGGGCCAUAUCAUCUGGUGACGUUGUCUUGCUGGAAAAUAUUGGAGAAUCAGUUGACCCAGUACUUGAUCCACUUCUUGGACGGAAUACAAUAAAGAAAGGUCGUGCUAUCAUGAUUGGAGAUAAAGAGGUGGAGUACAGCAUUGAUUUUCGUUUGAUUCUACAAACCAAGUUAGCCAAUCCGCACUACCAACCUGAGAUGCAGGCACAGACAACUCUUAUUAAUUUUACUGUGACUAGAGAUGGUUUAGAGGAUCAGUUGUUAGCUGAUGUCGUUAUCAAAGAGAGGCCAGACUUGGAGAAAUUAAAAUCAGAUCUAACCAGGCAACAGAACCAGUUUAAGAUCUCUCUGAAGGAACUUGAAGACAAUUUGCUUGCUAGAUUAUCAGCUGCUGAAGGUAAUUUCCUUGGAGAUUAUGAAUUAGUGGAAAACCUAGAGAAAACAAAGAGAACAGCAGCUGAAAUAGAAGUUCAGGCUGAGCAAUCAAAAAGAACAGAGAUAGAUAUCAACACAGCUAGAGAACUAUACCGACCAGCAGCUACAAGGGCAUCUCUCAUGUACUUCAUCCUUAAUGAUCUCAAUACCAUCAAUCCAAUGUAUCAGUUCUCACUAAAGGCCUUCAAAGUGGUGUUUGAGAAUGCUAUCGACAAGUCUGACAAGUCUGAUGACAUUAAGACAAGAGUGCUGAAUCUGAUUGACUGCAUUACCUUCUGUGUAUUUAUAUAUACAGCUAGAGGUCUGUUUGAAAGGGACAAGAUUACCUUUACAGCUCAAAUGACAUUCCAGAUAUUGUUGAUGUCCAAGGACAUUGAUCCCAUAGAGUUAGAUUUCCUGUUGAGGUUUCCAUCACUACCAAAUAUUAUCAGUCCUGUUGACUUCAUGAAUAAUCACAGCUGGGGAGGAAUCAAGGCUCUUGUGAAUAUGGAAGAAUUCAGAAAUUUAGACAGAGACAUAGAAGGUUCUGCUAAAAGAUGGAAGAAGUUUGUGGAAAGUGAAGCUCCAGAGAAGGAGAAAUUUCCACAGGAAUGGAAGAACAAGAAUUCAUUACAGAAACUGUGUAUGAUGAGAGCCCUUAGACCUGACCGGAUGACCUAUGCUGUCAAAGAUUUUGUCCAGGAGAAACUAGGAACUAAGUAUGUUGAAGGGAGGAGUGUAGAGUUUGCCAAAUCUUAUGAAGAAUCUGGACCAACCACACCUAUGUUCUUCAUCCUUUCUCCUGGAGUCAAUCCUAUCAAAGAUGUAGAGGUCCAUGGUAAAAAGAUUGGAUUCAGUGCUGACAAUAAAAACUUCCAUAAUAUAUCCUUAGGUCAAGGUCAGGAAGUUGUUGCUGAGAGUGCCUUAGAUCUUGCUGUAAAGGACGGUCAUUGGGUCAUAUUACAGAAUAUUCAUUUGGUUGAGAGAUGGCUACCAGUAUUGGAGAAGAAGUUAGAAAGUUACACAGAUGAAUGCCAUGCUAAUUACAGAGUGUAUAUCAGUGCUGAGCCUGCACCAACAGUACAAUCACACAUUAUACCACAGGGUAUACUGGAAAUAUCCAUUAAGAUCACUAACGAACCUCCCACAGGAAUGGUGGCCAACCUUCACCAGGCUCUUGAUAACUUUGAUCAGGAAACCUUAGAAAUGUGUGCAAAAGAGAAUGAGUUCAAGAGCAUCUUGUUCUCUCUAUGUUACUUCCAUGCUGUAGUUUCCGAAAGACGUAAAUUUGGACCUCAGGGCUGGAACAGGAUUUAUCCCUUCAACACCGGAGAUUUAACUAUAAGUGCUAUGGUUUUGUACAACUAUCUUGAAGCUAAUACAAAAGUUCCGUGGGAGGACCUGAGGUACCUGUUUGGUGAGAUCAUGUAUGGAGGUCAUAUCACAGAUGACUGGGACAGAAGAUUGGUGAAGACAUACUUGGAAGUUUAUAUGCAUCCAGAUAUGCUAGAUGGAGAGCUGUACUUAGCUCCAGGCUUCCCAUUACCACCGAACUCUGACUACAAAGGAUAUCAUAAUUAUGUUGAUGAAUGCCUCCCCACAGAAAGCCCCUAUUUGUACGGUCUCCAUCCUAAUGCAGAGAUAGAAUUUCUGACAACAACAUCAGAGAAUCUGUUCAGAACUGUAUUUGAGAUGCAGCCAAGAGAUGUAGGCACUGCAGGAGCUACUGGUACAAGCAGGGAAGAUAAGAUCAAAGGAACUUUGGAUGACAUAAUCGAGAAAUUACCGGAUGAAUUUAACAUGUUGGAUUUGAUGGGUAGAGUACCAGUUGAGGAAAGAACACCAUAUGUUGUUGUAGCCUUCCAGGAGUGUGAACGUAUGAACAUCCUGUCAGCGGAGAUUAGAAGAUCAUUGAAGGAACUUGAUUUAGGAUUGAAGGGUGAACUGACCAUAUCUGCUGACAUGGAAGAUCUUAGUAAUUCACUGUUUUUGGACCAAGUGCCAUUUAGUUGGCAUGGUAAGGCCUAUCCGUCAUUAUAUGGUCUUGCUGCAUGGUAUGCAGAUCUAUUACAGAGAAUUAAAGAGCUUGAGACCUGGUCGUCUGACUUUAUUCUUCCCGCUGCUGUUUGGCUUGGUGGGCUAUUUAAUCCACAGUCAUUCCUCACAGCUAUCAUGCAGCAGAUGGCAAGGAAGAACGAAUGGCCAUUGGACCGUAUGACUCUGCAGUGUGAUGUCACCAAAAAGAGCCGUGAAGAUAUGGCUGGACCACCAAGAGAAGGGGCAUAUGUCCAUGGACUUUUCAUGGAAGGUGCAAGAUGGGACAUACAAACAGGGAUGAUUAAUGAGGCCCGUCUGAAAGAGCUAGCUCCCCCAGUGCCAGUAAUUUUUAUCAGAGCAAUUCCAGUAGACAGGAUGGAAACCAGAAAUAUUUAUGAAUGCCCAGUCUACAAAACUAAGACCAGAGGUCCAACAUAUGUCUGGACAUUCAACCUGAAAUCCAAAGAAAAGUCUAGUAAAUGGAUUCUUGGUGGAGUUGCUUUACUACUUCAAGUUUAAAACUGACUGUUGACCAGUAUUCAAAUAUUAAGAUAUUCUUAAGAUGUGGUCUAAGAUAGCUUGUUUUGCAUAUUAUUAUAUUAGUUUGAAGUUUUUUUAACAGUAGUUUUUAUUGUAUUAUGAACUAGGUUUUUUCUUCUUUUCUUACUGUAAGAAUCUUGAAAAUGUUUUAGAUGCACAGAUGUUUAAUUUUGAACGUUUUAAACAGGGAUAAUUGUUUGAAUAAAAAAACUAUAAAGAUA